AUGGCGACAACCAAUGGCACUUCAAAUCUAGCCAACGGCAAUGGCCAAGCUGCGAGCAAGGACGGACCUAUUGAGACUACCUACCUCCUUGUCGGCGCAGGACCAGCGGGAUCAGCACUAGCCAGCUUCCUAGCAAGCUAUGGCAACACUGGUAUCAUGAUCUCCGCGGCCCCAGGUACAGCAAAAGAGCCUCGCGCCCACAUUACCAACCCGGCCGCCAUUGAGUGCCUCCGAGACAUAGGACUCCAAGACGAAGUCUACCACAACGCCACGCCACAAAGCCAUAUGCAACAUACCCGUUGGUGCCACUCUAUGGCUGGAGAAGAGUUUGCAAGGAUCCAUUCAUGGGGUAAUCAACCCGAACGUAAGGGCGAGUAUGAGGCUGCUAGUCCAUGUUAUCAUGUCGAUCUGCCGCAGACGCUUAUGGAGCCCAUUCUGGUGAAGCGUGCUAUCAACCAGGGCUGGAAGAUACGGUUUGAUACUACUUUUGUCAAAUUCGACCGUGACUCUUCUGACGGACCGAUUACCUCAACCAUCACGGACAACUUGUCUGGAUACACAUAUCAAAUCCGAUCAAAGUAUCUCUUCGGCUGUGAUGGAGCACGCAGUCAGAUCAUUCGUCAACUCGAUAUUCCCCUCGUCAAAGAACCAGGCCAGGGCCUGGCCUUCAAUGUUCUUGUCGAAGCAGAUCUGGAGAAGUACAUGAAGUUUCGAACAGGAAACCUCCACUGGAUCAUGCAACCGGAUAAACCUCACCCAUCCUGGGGCUGGACCUGUAUCAAUCGAAUGGUGAAGCCGUGGCACGAAUGGAUGUUCAUCUUCUUUGCCGAACCCGGCUUCUCGGACUUCAAGAUCCGUCCUUCUCAUGACGAGUACAUGAAACGGGUGCGAGAAUUCAUAGGCGAUGAUGCUCUCGAGGUCAAGAUUCUGGAUGCGUCGAAAUGGUAUAUCAACGAGAUUGUGGCGGAGAGAUAUUCCGAUGGAAACAUCUUUUGUAUGGGCGACGCGGUGCAUAGACAUCCGCCGUUGAACGGGUUGGGAAGUAAUACUUGUGUGCAGGAUGCUUUCAAUCUUGCUUGGAAGGUUUCGUACGUUGAGAGAGGUCUCGCGGGUCCAAAGCUACUGGACAGCUACUCCGGCGAGCGUCAACCGAUAGGCGAGGGCAUCAUUCGGCGGGCGAAUCAGGGGCUACGAGAUCAUGCUGGUGUGUGGGACGCACUAGGUAUGAUGGAUCCAGAUGUGGCAGUCAGAAAGAAGCAGUUUGAUGAAAUCUCGGAAGCUUCGGAAGCAGGCAAGAAACGUCGCCAAAGGCUUCGAGAGCAGAUCGAUUAUACUUCGCAUGAGUUCGGCGGGAUUGGAGUGGAAAUGAACCAACGGUAUGAAAGUGGUGCGGUGUAUCUGAAAGAUGAGAAGGAAGCACGGAGACCACCACCUACGGAUCCAGUGCUGCAGUAUCAGAUCUCUACUUAUCCUGGUGCGAGAUUACCGCAUGCGUGGAUCAAUCUGCGAACGCCGAAUCAGCCAAAUAUCAGCACCAUCGAUCUAGCAGGCCAUGGGGCGUUCUGUCUGGUCACUGGAGUGGGUGGGGAGAAGUGGAAGAAGGCAGCGGAGGCCGUGUCGAAGAAAUUGAGAUUGGGAGGAUGUGUAUAA